AUGGCUUAUAUUCUGUUGAUAUUCGUAACAAUUCUCGGGCUUACACUGUGCAGUCCGGCUAAACAUAUGAAAAUUAUUAGUUCGACUCCACCGGCCAGAUUCAUCAAAGAAUUUGAGCUUGGCUCUCAAAGGACAGAAGUUCUCUCUAGAAGUCAAGCAAUUGCUUCUGCUUAUCAGAGUACACGUCAGAAAGUUCAGGAAUGGAUAAGAGAGACAAGAGAUACAUCUUAUUCACUAUCAGCUUUAAUCGGCGCUCUUUCUGCAGUAUCGGUGAUUCUUUUAUUUUACGCUUUUCGCCGGUUAGUUCGAACAUGUCAUUCAAGAAAUCGUAUUUUUCGAUUUGCUAAAAAAGGCACUCGACUUGGAGACAGCCAAAAGCUCAUCGAAUGUAAGACAGGAGAUAGUGAUAAUGACCUGAUAUGA